UCUCAUAUGAACCGUGGGGCAGAGCGCUGCUCCUUUGAAAUGCCACGUUUGCUGCGCUAUGCUUUUCGUCCUCCUGAGAAUUGCAACUUCUGUGAAAAUGUCGAUAAGAUUGCCAGAGUCUCGGAUAUAACAUCUCAGGAAUUUGCUAGAAAAUAUGCGUACAGUGCAACACCGGUAAUAAUUGAAGAUGCCACCAAGAAUUGGACAGCUUUAGAGAAAUUUGAUUAUUGGUAUUUCCGUGAUGUCUACAACAAUGCCCAGCGCAAAGAAAAAAUCUUAGAUUGCCAAUUUUUGCCCUAUAAAACAGGAUUUCGUGAUAUCUUUGAGGCUUUGGACAUGUCCGAAGCAAGGGUGGAAUAUUUUAAUAACAACUCUGCGAAUAACGAAGAACAACCGUGGUAUUUUGGUUGGAGUAAUUGUAAUCCUGAAACGGCAGAAGAAUUUCGUCGCCACUAUGGCAAACCAUAUUUUCUACCCGAUACUUCGGAGAAUAAUGCAGUAGAUUGGUUUUUCAUAGGCACCGCAGGUUUGGGAGCGCAUAUGCAUAUUGAUAAUGUCCGCUUGCCCUCCUGGCAGGCUCAACUUUCGGGCAGUAAACGCUGGCUAUUGGCUCCCCCACCAGAAUGCUAUUUUAAAUGCAAAUCCUUUGAUGGCAUUGUCAACAAGGGAGAUAUAAUUGUUUUGGAUACCAACAAAUGGUAUCAUCAGACUUUUGUGCAGCCAGGAGAAAUAAGCCUCACCAUAGGGGCUGAGUAUGAUUAAGCAAAUCAAAUUUAAAAAUGAAAUUUAAUUAAAUUUCCAUGUAAGGAUGCAUAAAAUUAUUUUAAACCCAUAAUAUAUAUGACUGU